AUGGCUUUAAUUGAUUCAGGCUGGCUUGUUCUCCUAGCUGGGGCUGCGAUUCUAGUCUAUGUGAGGUUUCAACACAGACCCAUCCACCCGCCGCAGGGUAAUCGACAGCCACUUGAAGUUUUGUAUCAUGGCCUGGGCGAAGAAGAAGAAGAAGAAGCUGAAGUGGACAUUAUUGCCGUGCAUGGCCUCGGUUCCAACGUGGAUUGGGCAUGGACCUUCAAGGACAAAACCAGGCAUGUCAACUGGCUGAAGGACUCGGAAAUGCUUCCCAGUGCUAUACCAAGGUCGAGAAUCAUGGUAUAUAAUUACCACUCUAGAUGGCACAAGGACGCUCCAAGGACCCGUCUGCAGAUAUGUGGCGAGGAACUGGCCCAAAGCGUGCACGACUUUCGCAAGGGUGUUGAACGUCCGAUCAUCUUUAUUGGCCAUAGCUUAGGUGGCAAUGUCAUUCAACAUGCCCUUUUGCACGCUAAAUCAAAGAGGAAUCUCCGAUGCGUGGUCAGCUCUACUGCCGGUUUUAUCUUUCUUGGAUGUCCCUUCAAGGGUUCCAAGAUGCAAUGGAUAGCUAAUCUUGCCGUCAAAUUAUUGCUGCUCGCCGGCUCUAACGCAGGAAUUAUCCAAGUCUUGAGCUACAGAAAUGUCAAUUUACAUGAUAAGCUAAAAGAGUUUUGCGACCUUUUGAGAGAAAACCCGAUGACGGCUUUCUGUUUCUUCGAAAAAUACCACACAGACUUUGGGAGGAGGUUUGGGGUCGCAGGGAUUGUUCGGGCAAUGGUUGUGGAGGAAGACUCUGCGUGCAUUGAUAGCUUCGAUAGCUUUCCUCUUGAUACCGACCAUUUGAAGAUAAACAAAUAUUUCGGACCAGAGGAUCGUUCUUUUUUGUGCGUGUUGGAGAGAAUUCGCGAAAUCAUCAAUCAUUGGAGGGCCACAAAUAUCCCCGUCCAGAAAAUUGAUCUAGGUAAAUUACGGGUCGUAAAAGGGGCAGAAUUUGACUCCUAUGAGAACAAGCAUGACGAGUGCCUCCCAGGAACCCGAGUCGACCUUCUCCAAGAGGUCGAAGAAUGGGCGGAAUCAGCACAGGCAAAAUGCAUAUUCUGGCUGAACGGCAUGGCAGGAACUGGAAAGUCAACAAUCUCCCAAACAGUUGCAAACCGCCUCGAUGAACGAAAUUUGCUCGGAGCGAGCUUCUUCUUUAAGAGAAACGAAGAGGAUCGGGAGAAUGCAAAGAGGCUUUUUCCAACGCUCAUAGGACAGCUGGUAACGAGGAUACCGCAGUUGGCCCCUCAGGUUCAUGAGGUUAUUGAGAACGACCCCCAGAUUUCAGAAAAGGCACUUAGGGAACAGUUUGAAAAACUCCUUCUCCGGCCAAUUCUUAAACUUAAGCAGCCUCCUACUUUAACAAUGAUUAUUGUGAUCGACGCAUUGGACGAAUGCGAGGAGAACGAUGCAAAAACUAUUCUUCGACUUUUACCACAGGUCCAAAAGUCAAGUUUACUACAACUGCGGUUUCUGGUUACGAGCAGACCGAAUUUGCCAAUAAAACUGGGCUUCAAGGGCAUCAGCAGUGACCACCGGGAUUUGAUCCUCCACGAGAUUCCUCUACCAGUCAUCGAACACGACAUUGCAUUAUAUUUUAAGAUUAAAUUCUCAGAAUUAAGACGGGAACGCUCAUUUCCGCCGGACUGGCCUGGCGAUGAGGUUAUUCAGGCUCUGGUUGAACGGGCAGUUCCACUAUUCAUUUCUGCCGCUACUCUAUACCGAUUUAUCAGUGAUAUGAGAUGGAACCCAAACAAGCGCAUUAAAACGUUGCUUGCAGAGCAGACCACGUACGUGACCAAGAUGGACUUCACAUAUAUGCCAGUGCUAAAUCAGCUUCUUACCGGCCAGGAUGAAUAUGAAUCGCAGCAGUUAGUUCAAGAAUUCAAGGAGAUAGUGGGCGUCAUUAUUCUUCUUGCUAUUCCACUACCAGCCAAAGCCCUCACGAAGCUUCUAAAUAUAGAAUUGGACGAUAUCAGCCGCCUGCUGCGCCUGCUUUACUCGGUUCUUAGUAUACCCAGCAAUCUCGACGACUCUGAUACACCGGUUCGACUGUUACAUCUUUCAUUUAGAGACUUCCUUCUAGACUCGAACAAAAAGGACACCAGUCAAUUUUGGAUCGAUGAAAGGGAGGUGCAUCGAACACUUGCUAUACAAUGCCUGGAUCUUAUGCAGAAUAGCUUGAGAAAGAAUAUUUGCAACUUACUGGAUAAUAGUGUGCAGCGAACAAAUAUCGCCAAGCUUGAGAAUUACCUACCAUCAGAGUUGCGAUACGCCUGCCGUUAUUGGGUAAGACAUCUGGUACGAAGUCGGGAUCCGGUAUUUGAGCUGGUUCGACCAGCCUUCUCUUUCCUAAAGGUGCAUUUUCUUCACUGGGUAGAAGCAAUGAGCCUUCUUAGUAUUGUAUCUGAAGUUAUAGUGGCAAUUCGGGAAUUACAACUAAUUACAAAGGAUCCUGAAAUAUCUACCUUUCUCAAGGAUGCGAGAAGAUUUAUGUUAAAGAAUAGGCAGAUAGCCGACAUUGCACCUCUUCAGAUUUACUGUUCUGGUCUCUUGUUUGCUCCAAGCAAAUCAACAAUUAAAGAGAAUUUCAAAGAAGAGGCAUUUAGCUCUAGCUGCGUAUGGCGCGUGGCCAACGUUGAUAAGUCUUGGAGUGCCGAACUAGAGACACGGGAGGGCCAUAAAGGUUGGGUUAACUCUGUAGCCUUCUCACCGGACGGCCGGUUCCUAGCAUCAGGCGCUGAUGACGGAACAGUUAAGCUCUGGGAUUCCGCUACAGGUGCUGAAUUACAAACCCUAGAGGGACACUCUUCCACCAUUCAAUCUGUUACCUUUUCACCAAAUGGUCAGCUCUUAGUAUCAGGCUCCGCAGACAAGACCAUUAAAGUGUGGGAUUCUAACUCGGGCGCGGAGCUCCAAACCCUAGAGGGCCACUUAGAUUGGAUUACCUCUGUGGCCUUCUCACUAGACAGCCAGCAACUUCUCCUAGCAUCAAGCUCUUUUGAUAGAAUAAUCAAGCUUUGGGAUCCAAUGAUAGGCACAGAGCUACAGAUCUUAAAGGGUCACUUGGGCCCGGUUAGAGCUAUAGCGUUCUCACCAAUGAGCCAGCAGCUUCUCCUAGCAUCAGGCUCUGAUGAUAGGACUGUCAAGCUUUGGGAUCCUACCACGGGUGUGGUGCUACAGACCCUGCAAGGCCACAUAGGCCAGGUUAGCUCUGUGGCCUUCUCACGGGAUAGCCAGCGGCCUCUCCUAGCGUCAGGCUCCCAUGGCGGAAAUGUUAAGGUCUGGGACCCUACUACAGGCCAGGAGCUAUAUAGCCUGAGGAAUCAUAAAGACUGGGUUACCUCUGUGGCAUUCUCGCCAGAUAGCCAGCUCCUGGCAUCGGGCUCAAAGGAUAGAAUGAUUAAGCUUUUGAAUCCUACCACUGGCGCAGAGCUACGGGUCAUAAGGGUCUUAGACUCAGUUGGCUCUGUGGCCUUCUCGCCAGACAGCCAACUCCUUCUAGCAUCGGGCUCUUGUGAUGGGGCAGUUAAACUAUGGGAUCCUAGUGUAGAUAUAGACCUACAGAUCCCCACAGAGAGUCAGUCAGGCCUAGUUACAUCUAUAGCCUUCUCACCAGAUGGCCAGGGAUUAAUAUCGGGCUCUCGUGAUGGCAAAGUGAAGAUCUGGGACCCUACCACGGGAGCAGAACUACAGACCCUAAAAGGCCAUAGAGCCUGGGUUGGAUCCAUGGGCUUCUUGCCAGACGACCGGAUCUUGGCAUCAGGGUCUGAUGGAAAGACAGUUAGGCUAUGGGAUCCCAUGACGGGAGCAGAGCAAAUCCUGGAGGGCCAUUUAGCCUGGGUUAUAUGCAUGGCUUUCUCACCAGAUGGCCGGCUCUUCGCAUCAGGCUCCGAUGAUGGGAUAAUCAAGCUCUGGGAUCCUGCCACAGGCACCGAACUACGGACUCUAGAGGGCCAUGUCGACGGGGUCACCCUGGUGGCGUUCUCGCUAGGUAGCAGGCUCUUCGCAUCAGCCUCUCGCGAUGGCACAGUCAAACUAUGGAAUCCUAUCACAGGCGCUGAACUGCAGACCUUAACUGUUAAAGAGUUGCCGAUUGAGCUAUCCUUUUCAAAUCGUAGCCCCCAUCUGAGGACUAAUCUAGGAUCCCUUGAUAUUCAACAUUGGCAUUGCGAUGGUGCUUCUGGAUCGUUAGAAACCAGCUCUAAAGUGCCCAUACCCACGCAGGAAGACCAGUGGGUAUGCAUUAAGGGCAAAAGGAUGCUAUGGCUUCCUCCAGAAUAUCGGGCGUCGUGCUCUGCGAUUGAAGCUGGUGGCACCCUUGCCCUGGGCCACGCAUCCGGGAGGGUUUCUUUCAUCACAGUCUCAUAUACUCCGUAA